CGCCACCAGCGAUCACUUUAUACUGCACUGCUAUUCUUGCUGAGAAUUGUGGGAUUGGUCUUCUGGCAGCCAUCUUUGAAUAGAAACACCGGUAGUUCACGAAAAUGUCUCUUCUCAGGACUCUAAGUAGACUUCCUCGUUCGUUGAAUUAUUUCAGACCCAUUGCAGGUGUGCAGACAGUGAGGAGAUAUGCGGAAGAAGCUCUCGCGCCCUCACAAAUGUCAUUCACAUUUGCAACUCCAUCAGAGGUAUAUUAUAAUGAAGCCGAUGUGAAACAAGUUGAUGUGCCAUCAACAACUGGUGACUUUGGUAUUCUAGCUCAACAUGUACCGGUGUUGUCAGUACUUAGACCUGGUUGUGUUGUGGUUUAUGACAAUGAUGGCAACACAGAAAAAUAUUUUGUAAGUAGUGGUACAAUCACAGUCAAUGACGACUCAUCAGUCCAGCUGCUAGCAGAAGAAGCAACACCAAUAGACCAAAUUGAUAGGCAGGCGGCUGAGACAGGUCUUUCUAAAGCUCAACAGGAUCUUCAGUCAUCUACAACAGACCUUGCGAAAGCAGAAGCACAAAUUUCUCUGGAAUUACAUGAAGCAUUAUUGAAAGCACUAGAGAAAUAACGUUGUAUAAGAGUCCUACAACAGUGUGUGGUUUAUGAGUGGCUUGAUAUCAUCUUAGUUCAUCAAUGAUUGUAAUACAGAAUAUAACAACCAAACUACAAGAUUUAUUUGUGUUCUUUUAAUGAAUUCGUUUUGGAAGCUGGUUUGAACUCAAUAGGGUUAAUAAAACUCCUUCAGUGCUUUCA